AUGGAUGCUUACGACGUCAAAAACGACGUCUCCCACCACGAGAUGCGUCCCUCACGCCGCCAGUCCCGCGACGACGCCAGCAGCUCCGCGCCGCCCACCACCACCAAGCACGACGAUGUCGCCGCCGCCGUCGUCGCCGGCACCGUGCCCGUCCGCCUCACCGAGGAGGACAGCCGCCGCAUCUGCCGCAAGACGGACCGCACCAUCCUCGCCAUCCUCGUCUGGGUCUACUUUCUCCAGAUCCUCGACAAGUCCGUCUUGGGCUACGGCGCCACCUACGGCCUCAAGGAGGACACGGGCCUGACGGGCAAUCAGUACUCCCUCGUCGGCUCCAUGGCCGCCAUUGCCCAGCUUGCUUGGCAGCCCUUUUCCUCCUUCCUCAUCGUCAAGGUGCCGCAUCGCAUCCUCAUGCCCGCCCUGUGCCUGGGGUGGGGCAUUGCUCAGGCCUGCAUGGCGGCGAGCAAGAAUUUUGGAGAUCUUUUAGCCACACGCUUCUUCCUCGGCCUUUUCGAGGCAGGCUGCUUGCCGCUGUUCAGCAUCAUUACGAGCCAGUGGUAUCGCCGCGCUGAACAGCCCAUCCGAAUUGCCGCCUGGUAUAGCACCAACGGUGCCGCCACCAUCAUCGCCGCCGCGCUGUCUUAUGGACUGGGACACAUCAAGUCUGAUAUUCUCAAAGAGUGGCAAAUCAUCUUUCUAUUUGUUGGCCUCAUUACCAUUAUUUCCGCUCCCAUCAUUUAUUGGAAGCUCGACAACGAUAUCCCCUCUGCUCGCUUCCUCACAGACGAGGAAAAGGCUCAGGCCAUCGAACGACUACGCGCGAAUCAAACAGGUACAGGCAACCGCGAGUUCAAAUGGAAGCACCUCAGUGAGGCGCUCUUGGAGCCCAAGUCGUACAUCUGGAUAGCCAUGGCCAUGCUGCUCAACAUUGGCGCCAGUGUAGCCAACACCUUUGGUCCGCUCAUCAUCAACGGCCUGCACUUUGACAAAUACACUUCCAGUCUGCUGAACAUGCCAUUCGGCGCUUUGCAGCUAAUUGUCAUUCUUCUCGCGAGUUAUUUGGCGCAAAAGGCCAAGCUCAAGGCCGCGAUUCUCGCGCUCUUUGUGUUGCCUGUCGUCGCUGGCCUGGCUGUGCUGUACUCGGUCAAGCGCGAUGAUUCCGCCCAGGCCGCGCUGCUCGUCGGCUACUACCUGCUCGCCUUUCUCUUUGGCGGCAACCCGCUCAUCGUCACCUGGAUCGUCGGUAACACGGCCGGCACGACCAAGAAGUCGGUCGUCAUGAGCCUCUACAACGCCGCCAGCUCCGCCGGCAACAUUGUCGGCCCCAUCCUCUUCAACAGCGCCGACGCGCCCGAGUACAAGCCCGGCCUGCGCGCCUGCCUGGGUAUCUUUGUCGCCCUCGUCGCCGUCAUAUUCAUCCAGUGGGCCAACCUCGUCAUGCUCAACAAGCUGCAGGAGAAGAAGCGCGUCCGCAACGGCAAGGAGGCCAAGGUCGUCGACCACUCCAUGCAGCAGCACUACCACGACAUCCACUCCGACAACGAGAACGCAGGUGGUGAAGCAGGGACUUCGGAUCAGCGUCUUGGGCAAAAUGCCUUUAAAGAUCUCACUGACAGAGAAAAUGACGAAUUUGUGUAUAUUUAUUAG